AUGGAUAGCAGCCGCGAAUGCACGGUCAGCCAGCAACUUGACGACGAGCAGCGGCCUCUCGCCCUCGCCAGCCUCCCGACCGAUGCCCUCGCUCGCAUUUGCUCCCUCCUCCCGGCACCCGAGGACCUCUCGUGCGCCGAGCGCACCUCUCUGCACUUUCAAGAGGCCGUUGUGCGGGCGCUGCGGGCGAGGCGGUAUGGUCUGCCGGCUCUCGACACGACUUGCGAGCCGUCGUGGACGCAGGCGGCCCUCUGGGAGGAGAGGCGGGACCGGGACUUCGAUGCCGGCGUCGACCGGCCCGGCCUGCUGGGUCACGGCGAAGGAGUCCGGCGGCUCGCGCAGCCGACUCGCCUGCCCGUCACUGGGCAGCGCGUGCGGUUCCGGUCCGUGUCGUCGGGCGUGGCGCACACGCUCGCAGUGAGCGAGCGGGGCGAUGAGGGGGACCGCGCCUCGCCGACCAUCGUCGCAGUCUGCUCCGAGAGCCGUGCAGUCGCCGUCUCGGCGGGCGGCGCACACAGCCUCGCCCUCACGGCGGAGGGGCACGUCUGGAGCUUCGGCGACGGCUCUCUCCCCUCCAGAUGCUCAAUAGCUCUCCCCCGCACUACCCACCUCUCCUCUCAACUCCGCUCUUGCACCGCCAUCUCCGCCUGCGUCGUCCACAGCCUCGUCGCAACGUCGGACGGCGCCGCCUACUCCUUCGGGCACGGCAACAGCGGCAGGCUCGGCCACGGCGACACCGCGCGGCAGCCGUCGCCAAGACGCAUCGGCGGGCGUCUGAUGCAGGCGGUCGCUGCCGGCGCAAGGCACAGCCUGGCCCUCUCCUCGGGCGGCAGCGUGUUCAGCUUCGGGCAGCUCGGCCACGGAGACAAGCGGAGCAGGCUCGUGCCCGAGAGGAUCUGCGGCGCGCUGGCGGCGGUGCGGGCGGUUGCGGUCUCUGCGGGGUGCGAGCACAGCUUGGUGCUGGCGGCGGGCGGGGCCGUCUACUCGUUUGGCUACGGAAGCCAUGGGAGGCUCGGACACGGCGACGAGGAGGAGCGACUCGAGCCGCAGCCGAUCGCGAGCUUGGGCGGCGGCCGCACCGUUGGCGCGGGCCAGUAUGGCCUCGCCGCCUAUUCGGUGGCGUCCACCGCCAGCGGCGACGCGUUGGCCUUCGGCUGUGGCGAGGACGACGCGCUCGGUGUGGGUGCGCGCUCGGAGAACUUGCUGAGGCCGCGGCGGUACCCGCACUUGCGGCUUGCUGGAGGGGGGCGAAAGGAGGAGUCGCCGCGAGAGUGCUGUUGAAGGGAACAGAGGAAAACGUCUCAUUGUGCGAGGCCGAGGGGGGCGGCUCGGCUCUGAU